AACAUUAUGGAUACAUUUGGUUAUGUGGCGUGUCGAAUUGCUGGGUUUGUGAAUAGAAACAAUGGCUAAUGCAAAGGAAACAACUCUUUACAUAACAAUCUCUGUGGUUGCUUUUGUCAUUGGUAAGAUCAUAAUAGCUCUUCUUCUCUACAAGAGAUGGAAGAGAAAACAUACAGUUCUUGAAAAUGGAUUUCCAGUUAAAGGAGGAGGGAAGAUGGUGAUGUUUAGGUCACCAUUACUAAACUCUGUUUCCUCAGACUUGUUUAUGAAGAAGACACAUAAGCUAAGUAACAAAGACAUUCUCGGUUCCGGAGGAUUCGGUACUGUUUACAAAUUAGCUAUUGAUGAGUCUACAGCCUUUGCUGUGAAAAGACUAAACAGAGGAGACUCUGAGAGAGACGGAGGGUUUCAUAGAGAGUUAGAAUCAAUGGCUGAUAUAAAACACAGAAACAUUGUAACUCUCCAUGGUUACUACACCUCUCCACAUUUCAAUCUCCUUAUCUAUGAGCUCAUGCCUAAUGGAAGCUUGGAUUCUUUUCUGCACGGAAGAAAAUCUGGAGAUAGAAAGGUUUUGGAUUGGGCGGCGAGGUAUAAAAUCGCGGUUGGAGCGGCUAGAGGGAUUUCUUACCUUCAUCAUGAUUGCAUUCCUCAUAUUAUCCAUAGAGAUAUCAAAUCUAGUAACAUACUUCUUGAUCAUAACAUGGAAGCUAGGGUUUCGGAUUUCGGUUUAGCUACUUUGAUGGAGCCAGAGAAGACUCAUGUCUCAACGUUUGUAGCUGGAACGUUUGGAUACUUAGCUCCUGAGUAUUUCGAUACCGGUAAAGCGACAGUGAAAGGAGAUGUUUACAGUUUUGGAGUUGUUCUUCUUGAGCUUUUAACCGGAAGAAGACCUACAGAUGAUGAGUUUUUUGAAGAAGGAACAAAGCUUGUUACUUGGGUAAAAGGAGUGGUAAGAGACCAAAGAGAAGAAGUGGUGAUAGAUAACAGGUUAAGAGGAUCACCGGUUCAAGAGAUGAACGAUGUGUUUGGUAUAGCGAUGAUGUGUCUUGAACCGGAACCGGCUGUUAGACCGAUCAUGACCGAGGUUGUCAAAUUGCUUGAAUACAUUAGCCUUUAGAAAUGUUCUUUCCUCUGACCAAGCUCGUGAGUGUAUGUUUUUAAG